AUGUCAUCCUUUCGUGUCCGUACAACAAAUAAAUUACUUACAGCUUUUGGUGCGUCGAAACCAAGUACAAAUGUAGCAUAUGAUCUCGCGUAUUCCGACUUUGAAUCAACUCUUCAACGUUUAAUAACUUUUGACGUUGCAUUAAAAACUUAUGCGACUUCACUUAAGACAUUUCAUACUUCAGCAAGUUCUGUAUUUGGUUCAAUUGAUAGUCUUGCAUCUAGUGGUUCUGGAACUGCUAGUUAUCAACAACAAUCAAAUGAAGUUUCAUCAAUGCAAUCGUAUGCUAAUCAAGCUUUUAUAGCAUGUAAUGAAGUGGAUCAAAUUGUGCUUCAAGAAGUAUCUCAUCAACUUGAAAAUGAAGUUUUACUUCCUGUUAAAGGAUGGCUACAAUAUGCGCGUCAGUUACAACAAGAAGCCACAAAGUUUCAAGAACAAAAAGCUUUGUAUGAUCAUUAUGCACGGAAAGUUACGGGAUUACGUGAGAUCCAUGAAAAACGAAUGACUAUGGGCAAAUUGGAAAAAACAAAAGAGACUGAACGAUUAGUACGAAAUGAACAAAAACUGGCUGCUUCGACUCAAGAAUAUACACGUUUAUCGGAUAUUGUCAUUCGUAACCUUCGUGCAUUUGUGACUUCUCGCGAUGCAGCAUUAGCACCUUUGUUACAUCGGAUCUUACGUGGACGUGUAGUAUAUGCAGAACGUAUAUACGAAGCUACAGAUCGUUUACGUAUAUUAAAUGAUCAUCAUGACGAAGAAUGUGAAGAUGGAGUGUUAACUCAAUUUACAAAUGUCGUUUCGAAUGGUUCUCUUGUUGGAUCCGAAGUCAUUUUACAAGCAAUGACAUCUUCAUCGACAGUUCGGAAAGUUUCGUUUGAUGAAUUUGUGGGAGAAACAAAACGUCAUAAAGAAUUGAAUGUUGAAGACAAUUGGGAUGCCUUUGGUUCACAACCAUUUGAAAAGGAGAUGCCGAAUUGUACAUUUGGAGUGUCAGAACCUACUCCUUCGAAUCUUCAUGAAGAAACGUCAGUGUUUGCUACUUUACAGGACAUUUCGAUUCCUUCAACAUCAGUAGCUACAAAUCCUUAUGAUAUCUUCACUCAAGCAUCAACAAAUUCAUUAUUCAAUGUCAAUUGGAAUCCAGAUUCGAUCUCAACUCAAGAAUGUCCUCAAUAUCAAAUUCCAAUCGCAGAAUUUCACGAUAUGCAUCAAUCUUUUCGUUAA